UGAUCUGGCACCAGAAAUAUAUCCAAGAUUUCCUAUCAUCAAAUCCUCGUGCGAAAUUUAGACGCAAUAAUUUGCAGUGAGACAAAGAGUUCGAGAAAGAAGAGACCGCCUUCCAAUAACUAAUUUCCAGUAAAACAAAAGAGUAAAGAGCGAGACAGACACCUUCAGCUUCAUCCAAAACCAUCCCUAUAAUCCAUACCCUUCCAUCGCCCCUCCAAAACCUACCACCAAUUCCACCCCAAAAUCUCUUAUCUGCUGAGAACUGCAUUCCAUGCAUGGAAUCUAAGAAGAACAACCCACCGAUUGAGAUCCGCGAGGUUUGGGCCGAAAAUCUGGAAGAGGAAUUCGCACUCAUUACUGAUCUUGUGGAUCGUUUCCCUUAUGUGGCUAUGGACACUGAAUUUCCCGGUGUUGUGUUCAAACCAUCAACGACAUAUGAGACAUAUUCUGAUUUUCUGUACCAAACCCUCAAGGUAAACGUAGAUGCUCUCAAUCUCAUCCAAGUUGGUCUCACCUUUGCUGAUUCAACAGGAAAUCUUCCUGAUUUGGGGACUGAUUCUCAAUUUAUUUGGCAAUUUAAUUUCAAGGAUUUUGAUCUCUCUAAACACCUAUACUCUCCUGCCUCAAUCUCUCUACUAGAGAAGCAUGGGAUUGAUUUCAAAAAGAAUUUGACGGCCGGGAUUGACUCCAAGCAGUUCACCGACCUCCUGAUGAGGUCGGGUGUGAUGUGCAAUCAUAGGGUGACGUGGGUGACCUUCCAUAGUGCAUAUGACUUUGGAUAUCUAUUGAAACUAUUGACGUGUGCAGAGAUGCCUGGUGAACUGGAACUCUUCUUAGCCAUGGUUAAGGCCUACUUUGGAGAGAUCUAUGAUUUGAAAUACAUGAUGAAAUAUUGCGGGGGCUUGUAUGGUGGGCUCGCCAGGCUAGCUGAAGCAUUGAACGUGGACCGAGCCGUGGGUUCCUGCCACCAAGCCGGGUCCGAUAGCUUGCUCACUUGGCAUGCUUUUGUGGCGUUGAGGGAUAGGUUCUUCGGGGGAGUUACUGAGCCUUAUGCAGGGGUUCUCUAUGGCCUUGAAAACUACUGACUCUUGGGGUUCUCUAUGGCCUUGAGACCCAGUGACUGUUGCUUUUUCUGUCUUUCUUGCCGAUAUGUAAUUUAAUUUUUUGAUAGUGCCGAUAUGUAACAAUUCAUUCAAUUUGUUGAUA